CCCCGCUCUGCUCAGGUAGCCCUGCUGGACCGCAACUCCGAGGCCGGGCGGGAGAGCAAGGCGGCCCUGGACGAGCAGUUUGAAGCGCAGAGGACGGUGUUCAUCCAGUGCGACGUUACGGACCAGGAGCAGCUGAAAGGUGCUUUCAAAAAAGUACUUGAACACUUUGGAAGGCUGGACAUUGUGGUAAAUAAUGCUGGAGUGAACAAUGAGAAGGACUGGGAAAGCACUAUACAAAUUAACUUGGUAAGCAUUGUCUCCUUUCACAUGUUCAUGUUUAGG